GGAAUUGGAAGAAUGGUGUUGCCGGAAACUAUAACGGAGGACAUUCUUUCGAGAUUAGACGUGAAGAGUAUAUUGAGGUCGAAGAGUGUGUGCAAAACCUGGUGUCACCUGAUUUCGACUCUUCGUUUUCAACAACUGCACCGAUCAAGAUCCGGCAAUCACCCUCUCUUUCUCUACCGCUCCACUCAGUUUUUCUACAAUCCUCUUCCCCAUCACCCCUUCUCCUAUGCCUUUGUUUCCGUUGAUGCUUCCGGUGCCGUCCGCUCUCGCUUCACCGUCAAAGUCGACGACCCCAUCAAGCUCCUCGUCUCUUCCUCCUGCGGUUUAGUUUGUUUCGCCUCUCAAUUCUGUAUUUACGUAUGUAACCCUGCCACCCGUCAAAUUCUUGAGCUCCCUCCAUGUCCUCCUCGAACUUCCAUCGCCGGAUUCGGAUUCGGAUAUCUGGACUCCAUCAACGGCUGCAAAGUGGUCCGAUUCAUCUCUCAUGGCAGCAGAGGCAGGAUUGAGUGCUCCGUUGCUACACUUUCAGCAGCCAACUACCCCACCUCUUGGAGAGUGCUGAAUGAAGGAUGCCCUUAUUUGGUGGAGGAGUUCAACUAUCCGGUGUUGGUCAAUGACCAUAUUUACUGGAAGAUCGAUCGGAAGACCACCCAUCAGCCCCUCAGGAGGAGCAAUGACUACAUUCUUUGUUUUAAUCUGAGACAGGAGAAGUUCUCCGUCGUCACUCAUCCUCCUGAUUGGAGAGACGAUGGUAAUUCCCUGCACCUGGCUGACCUCGGCGGAAUGCUGUGCAUGGUUGAGAUCACCAGCUCUCAAGUGGUGGUGUGGAUGCUUAAAGAUCACCGCUCUUCGUUUUGGUAUAAAGGAGGGUUAAUUGCAAUUCAAGGAAUUAUUGAUAGGAGACUCAUCGGAGAAGUGAAGGGCCUAAAGAAUGGAGAGAUUAUUUUCAGCUCCUUUGCAAAUAUUCUGCUAUUUUAUGACACCAAGAAGAAAACCUUUAGACAUGUCAAACUUCCAUUUCGAUCCUCUGAAUUUGGAAUUUACUGGGAAACCUUAUUCUUCCCUCGGAUCAAUAAUUCUUAGGGCCUGUUUGGUUCAUCUUUUUCUUAUAGCCGAUAGUGAUAGGCAAUAGUUUUUAGCUGUUAGCAGAUAGAGUACUAUAUGUG